AUGUCUCACAGAUACGAAUACCGGGACGACUUUCCGUCGCGUCGACGCCACCACUCUCCCAGUUACUCCGAGUAUGGGGGAGAUACCCCAUAUCCCAACUCGUCAAGGGAUGCUGGGGCUGUCCGACUUGCUCGGAGACAUCACGAUCACUCUGAUCGAAGAGCGCAUUUUGAAGAUUAUCAGAGCGAUCGACACCGACCCUACGAUGAUGAAUACUACUACUAUGAUGAAAAGCGAUCGCACUCUCGACCACGAUCUAGAAAUCAUGAUCAUGAACAUGCAAACGAGCAUCACCAUGGGCGUCGCCGUAGCCGAAGCAAAAGAAGACAUUCUAAUGCAGGUCCUAAUUGGAGCCAGGCAGCGAUUGCGGCUGCUAGUGCUGGAAUCAUCGAAGCCGGGCUGUCAAGGAAUGACAGAGACCGGACAUCAAGAAUAGUUACAGCCGCAGCGGGGGCUGGUGCCAUCGACGCCGUGGCCGCGAGGCAUCAUGAGAAGCCUCACAAGAGCUGGGAGCAUAUUGUCGGAAGCACAGUGGGCGGGUUAGUAAUAGACCGUGUUGCCCAUGGUUCAGGACGUCGUUGA